AUGCGCCUGUAUUCGAGACUAGUCCCCGCCCUGGGGCUAGUGUUUCUCACGGGUACUUCGGCCACCACCAAGGUAGACCUUUCGCAGUAUGUGAACCCGCUCAUAGGCUCUGAAGGCCCUGAGGCGGGCUCUGGGUUCGGCGGCGGUGAUAUCUUUGUGGGCGGUGCACGUCCAUUUGGUGUCGCUAAGGUUGGAAUCGACUCGACGGCGGCGAAUUGGAGCACCGCUGUUCUGAAUGGGGGCUGGACGCCCGAUGGAAAUGUCACCGGAAUCAGCAUGAUGCAUGAAAGUGGUACCGGGGGCUCGCCUAAAUAUGGAUUGAUAUCACAGAUGCCUUUGACGUCUGUCGACGCCCCGGUCAAUGUGCUUGAUAAUACGACCUAUAGCCAGCCAAGGAUUGGCGAUGAUAUAGCUCGUGUGGGAUACUAUAAGACCCAGCUAAAGAGUGGUGUCACUGUUGAGUUGUCUGCCUCGCGACAUGCUGGCAUUAUGGAGUACUCUUUCCCAACGGGAGAGAAGCAUGUGCUUAUUGAUGUCUCGCAUUAUCUUCCCGGAUCCCCUGGAGAUGCGAAUGGUCAAUUCUUUGCUGGAGGAGAGAUUCAGAUCGAGGACGAUGGGAAGGCAUAUAGCGGUUAUGGCACGUACAUCGGUGGAUGGAAUAAUGGUGCUCCUUUUACCGUUUACUUCUGGGGAGAAUUUUCAGAAACCCCGGACAACGCGCAAACCUUUUCAGGUGCCAAUACGGAUCCCAUGCCUCGAUAUCACAGCUUUUCCAACGGUGGUGUUAGCCAGCCGAUUUAUGGGAACAAAACAAAUAAGGUGACGUCAGGACCCAUGAACAACCGUAUCAGUGUGCUUAUGAGCUGGAAUAACGGCCCCGCUUCGCAUGUUGCUUCCCGCGUUGGCAUAUCUUCCAUCUCCGUCGAGAGGGCUCGCUCCUUUAUUGAGAAGGAAAUUCCGUCUUGGAAAUUGAAUGAUACCGUGGCAGAUUCCGUUAAGGAGUGGAAUGAGGAUGUUUUCCAAAAGAUCCAGGUGCCGCUGGACGAUUCAGCUAACAUGACCCAUGUCCGACUGUUGUACAGCUCUCUGUACUUUAUUCAUUUGAUGCCGUCUGACCGGACGGGCGAGAAUCCGUUGUGGGAUUCAGGGGAGCCAUUUUGGGAUGACUUCUACACCAUGUGGGACAUCUUCCGCUGUACCGUCAGCUUCUAUCACAUCUUCCAGCCCGAAUACUACGAGUCCAUGAUCCGAUCCCUGAUUGAUAUCUGGAAGCACGAUGGUUACAUGCCAGACGGCCGGUCCGGGAACUGGAACGGCCUCGUUCAAGGUGGCUCCGAUGCCGACAAUGUCCUCGCCGACGCCUACGUCAAAGGCCUCCGCGGUGCAAUCAAUUGGACGGAGGGAUAUCUCGCGAUGAAAAAGGACGCCGAAGUGACCCCUUACAACACCUUCGAUCCAACCGACCUCACCGCCAGCACGAAAGAAGGUCGCGGUGCUCUGGACGACUGGAAGGCGCUGGGCUACGUAUCGCAGGAUCACAACACGCGGUGCAUCUCCCGCACGGUCGAGUAUAGCCUGAAUGAUUUUGCGGUUAGCCAAGUAGCUGCCGGAGAGAUGCCGGAGGACAGGGAAAAGUACCUCAAUCGGUCUGCUGGAUGGCAGAAUAUCUGGGAUGCGAGUGUGACGAGUCUGAACUUCACGGGCUUUUUGGCACCGAGGCUCUCGAAUGGAGAGUUCAAUAGCAGUGAGUAUGACCCACUUUACUGCUACGACUGUGAGUGGUCGUCAUAUACAUAUGAGGGUAUUCCAUGGGAAUAUUCAUUCGUGAUUCCCCACGAUUGUAAAACUCUUAUUGAACUUAUGGGUGGCAGUGAGAGGUUUGAAUCUCGUCUGGAUAUGAUGUUCAAACCAAACAUGUCCGUCCAGAAUCUUGGAGCAAAUGGCGCAGGCAUCACCACGUUGAUGAAUAUUGGAAAUGAGCCCGACUUUGCUACACCCUACCUGUACAACUACAUCAACAAGCAGGCCAAGAGCGUCGAACGAUCUCGCAGUCUUGCCAAUCAAUAUUUCAAAGAUGCCCCCUAUGGAGUCCCUGGCAACAGUGACGCCGGCGCGAUGAAUUCCUGGCUGCUGUGGCAGAUGCUCGGCAUCUACCCCAUCGUCACGCAACCAGUGUACCUGAUCGCUUCCCCCUGGUUUCCGGACCUGAACAUGACCAUCAAUGGAAACAAAACACUGCGCAUAUCUGCGACUGGUCUUGAUGAGGGUUACUACGUGCAAAGUGUGAAAGUCAAUGGGAAGCAGUGGACCAAGAAUUGGGUUGAGCAUGACGACGUCAUGACCAAUGGCGGCCACAUUGAGUUUGAGCUUGGACAGGAUGCAACGGCAUGGGAGUCUGGGGAGGUGCCUCCUUCGCCGGGACAUGUGCAGCUUAAGUAG